GCCAAUGUAAGCCGCAGUUCAUCCACCUCGCAGCAGGCAUCCACCGAGAAAGCAAAGUACAUGGGGCGAGAAGUUCAGCUAGUGACAUAUUAAAGUAACCAGCAGCGCAUUAGCGUUGGUUUUCCAUUCCCCAUUAGUUUGAACCAGUUGGCUAAUCAGCUACAGUCCGCUAACGUUAGCAGUUUAUCAGAACCAGGAGCAUGGCGUUAAUCCUGUUGACGCGUUCCCGCACUCCGUUGAUGAAAACGUCCCGGUCGUUAAAGAGCGAAUUCCGCAAAGGGAAGCUUCAAGAUGGCUCCUGUUUCAGCUGUACAUCUCUUAGACUCUUCAGUCCAAGUAGAAUGGAUGGUGAUAGGCUGGUGUUCCGAGGUGGGAGCUUGGCUCCGCCCUCCUCCCUAGGCCCCUCCCUGCAUACGGCAUCAGAUGGCUACAGGGUUCCAGGCUACGCCCCAGGCCACGCCCCUUCCAUGAGGCUGUACUGUGCUGUAGUGGAAGGCUCCUCCUCUCUGUACCCCCUGGGAGGUGGGUACCCCCAGUGGACGUUAUCCGGGAGGGGGAACGUGGUCGGGGUACGGUGGAUUCACACCUCCAGAUGUCUUGGUGAUGACUCUAAAGUAGAGAAGUCUCUCCGCUCUCUGAAGGAUAAGAACAAGAAGCUUGAGGAGGGUGGGCCGGUGUACAGUCCUACGGUAGACCAAACCAUCGUCAGGAGAACUAUAGGACAACGUGUUCUAGAUGAGGUGAAACACUACUACCACGGCUUCCGACUGCUGUGGAUCGACACCACCAUCGCUGGACGCAUGCUGUGGCAGGUCCUCAACGGGCACCCACUGUCCCGACGGGAGAGGAGACAGUUCCUAAGGACUUGUGCCGAUGUCUUUAGACUCCUCCCCUUCCUGGUGUUCAUCAUUGUGCCGUUCAUGGAGUUCCUGCUUCCUGUGGCGCUGAAGCUCUUCCCCAACAUGCUGCCCUCAACCUUUGAGACGCAGUCCAAGAAGGAGGAGAGGCUGAAGACGGAGCUGCGUGUGAAGCUGGAGAUGGCUAAAUUCCUCCAGGACACUGUGGAGGAGAUUGCUCUGAGGAACAAGGCUGCCAAGGGAAACGUCACUGAGGAGUUCUCUACCUUCUUCCAGAAGAUCCGUGAUUCUGGGGAGCGUCCCAGUAAUGAGCAGAUAAUCAGGUUCUCUAAGCUGUUUGAGGAUGAGUUGACUCUGGACAACCUGACUCGUCCUCAGCUGGUUGCUCUGUGUCGUCUGUUAGAGCUGCAGUCUAUAGGAACCAACAACUUCCUUCGCUUCCAACUCAUCAUGAAGCUACGAGCCAUCCGUGCUGACGACAAGUUGAUAGCGGAAGAGGGGGUGGACUCUCUGAGUGUGAAUGAGCUCCAGGCAGCCUGUCGAGUCCGAGGGAUGAGAGCUCUGGGAGUCACAGAGGAGAGACUGAGAGAACAGCUCCAGCAGUGGUUGGAGCUGCACCUGAACCAGCACAUCCCCACCUCCCUCCUCCUCCUCUCCAGGGCCAUGUUCCUCCCUGAUACUCUCUCCCCUGCAGACCAGCUCAAGACCACCCUGCAGAAUCUGCCUGACAUAGUGGCUAAGGAGGCCCAGGUUAAAGUGGCUGAGAUGGAGCUGUCCCAGGUUGACAACAAGACCAAGCUGGAAGCCACGCUGCAGGAGGAGGCAGCGAUACGUCAGGAUAACAGGGAUAGAGCGAUGGAGAGGCUGGCGGAUGCAGCAGAGCGGACAGAACAAUCCCUCACGGGUGGGGACAUGGCUCAAUACUCAGAGACACUACAAGACACAGCUUCAGUCCUAGAGGGCAUCAAGGGAGAGGAGAUCACUAAGGAGGAAAUAGACAUGUUGAGUGAUGCAUGUACCAAGCUGAAGGAACAGAAGAAGUUACUCACUCUAGAGAAGGAGGAGCUGGAGGACCUAAAGGAUGACGUGCAGGAGUACAGCGAGGACCUGGAGGAGAUAAAGAAGGAGUUAUCUAAGACCGGCCAGGAGAGGGCAGUGCAGGAGAGUAAGGCCUCUCAGAGGCUCUCUAAGCGGGUCAACAGGAUGAUCAGCAGGAUAAGCAAGAUCAUCACAGAGCUGGAGCAGGACAAGGUGGUCCUGGAUGGACAGAUGGACAGACCAUCCACUCCUCCUAUUGGCCUUCUGUUUACCUUUAGGGAGAACCUGAUCAGUAUCAACGAGCUCAUCACCGUCAUGAGACAGAUCCAGAACAUUCCAGAGCACAAGCUGCAGAGCAUCGCUGAUGCCCUCGACGACAACAAGGACGGGAAGAUCGACAUCGAUGAUGUCAUCAAGUUGGUGGAGCUGAUUGACAAGGAGGACAUUGACAUCAACACCAGUCAGGUAGCAGAAAUCAUGGUGAUGCUGCAGAAAGAGGAGAAGCUGCAGGAGAAAGAGAAGGCCCAGAAGGAGCAGGCUGCUAAAUUAAAUAACUAGCCCACAGAAGAGGCUCUGCUUGGGGGAAGAAACCGCCUCUGAGAUGCCGUAGCUGGAGCUCAUCGCUGGACCCCAGACCUCACUAUACCCUAACCAGUCACCAUGAGCUGCCAGCUACCCCCUCUAAACAGUUUCUUCCACCAGAAUUAGAGGCUAAGGGUUUCUGUUCAGACAUUUGUUUCAAAAAGGCUCUUGUGCCCUUAAGAACAUUAUUUAAACUUAUCCCAAAGUUGCCCAAAAAUUAUACUCAAACAAUUAUACUAGAAACAAAUGAUGUUUAUGGGACCCAAGCUCUCUAAUGCUGGUUGUACUUGGUUAGAUAUGCUCUAUCUAAGCCAUGUGUCAAACUCGUUCCACGGAGGGCCGAGUGGCUGCUGGUUUUCGCUCCACCCUUGUACUUGAUUGAUUAAUUAAGGUCACUAAUUA